AUGUGACAGCUGUCAUAUUAUAAAUAAGUAAAACAAAUUUUCCUAGAUGGCGACACGAUAAUCACGUGAAUUUUCAUUAACGAUCAGCUGUCUUCUGGGGAGUGGUUGUGUAUUUUGGGGUAGUUUUCUCCUAUUUUCGAAAGCAAGGCUUUAUUCAACCGUUCAAAUGACAGAAUACUGGUUAAUAUCUGCACCAGGAGACAAAACAUGUCAGCAGACAUGGGAGACGAUGAACAAUCUAACCAGCAAGCAGAAUUCAUUAUCUGUGAACUAUAAAUUUCAAAUACCAGAUUUGAAGGUGGGUACUCUGGAUCAACUGGUUGGUCUUUCAGACGAUCUAGGCAAACUUGAUGCUUUCGUUGAGCAAAUUACACGUAAGGUUGCAGCUUAUCUUGGUGAAGUUCUGGAGGAUCAGAGGGACAAACUGCAGGAAAACCUGAUGGCAAACAACAGUAUCAUAGCCGAUCUACCCAGUUACUUAACAAGAUUCCAGUGGGAUAUUGCGAAGUACCCAAUUAAGCAGUCGUUGAGAAACAUCGCCGACAUAAUAAGUAAGCAAGUCGGACAGAUUGAUGCCGAUCUGAAAACUAAAUCAUCGGCCUAUAAUAACUUGAAAGGAAGUCUUCAAACCCUUGAGAAGAAACAGACGGGCAGCCUGUUAACUCGUAAUUUGGCCGAUCUUGUCAAGAAGGAACAUUUCAUACUUGAUUCAGAAUAUCUCACCACCCUCCUCGUUAUCGUACCAAAGGCUCAGACUCAGGAAUGGCUUUCAACUUACGAAAAAUUGACGGACAUGAUAGUGCCCCGAAGCAGCCAGCUCAUAACACACGAUAACGAAUAUAGUUUGUACACUGUAACACUUUUCAAGAAGGUAAUGGAGGAAUUCAAACUUCAUGCUCGCGAGAAAAAGUUUGUGGUGCGCGAUUUCACCUAUAACGAGGAAGAAUUGGCAGCUGGAAAAAAUGAAAUCACAAAAUUGGUGACGGACAAGAAGAAACAAUUUGGUCCUCUCGUAAGAUGGCUGAAGGUAAACUUCAGUGAGUGUUUUUGUGCUUGGAUUCAUGUCAAGGCAUUGAGAGUAUUUGUUGAAUCCGUUUUGAGAUACGGCUUACCUGUCAAUUUUCAAGCAAUUCUUAUACACCCAAACAAAAAAUUAGUGAAACGUUUAAGGGAUGUUCUCCACCAGCUGUAUGGUCAUUUGGACAGCAGUGCCGCACUCUCUGGUGCUAAUGUUGAUGCUGUUGAUAUUCCCGGUCUAGGAUUUGGCCAGCAAGAGUAUUACCCAUAUGUUUAUUAUAAAAUUAACGUUGAUAUGAUUGACACAAAAAUCUAAAUAAACAAUUUUAAAUUAAUAACAAUACUCCAAGCCAUGUAAAGCUGGGAAAUACUUUGAAAAAAAGGGAAAAACAAUUUAAAAAAAUUCAGUUGAAGAUUCCAUUGUUUUUAUCCACUUUUUUGAUUAACUGUAGUUUUUCUUCUGUCUUCUUAGGGAAAGCCAAUUAAUGAGUUCUUUGAAGUCUUGUGUUUGUUGAGCUCAAUUUUUCUUUUAAAAAUGUUAGUUUUAAUAUGAAAUUCCACAUGUAGUUUGUAAUUUCGAUGUCCGUAAUUUGAUUCAAAAGUAGUAGCGUACAUUCUUCCGUAAGUUGGUUACAAUGUGUUUCAUCUUUGAAUUACCAUUCUCAUUAUAUUUUUACGAAAUGGACUGCAUUUAUUUCAGUAUUGUUAUGUUUUUCAGUAUUUUGUUAUGUUGUUUUCAUCCUGUCAAAUUUCAAAAAUGUUGGUCAUGUUUUCUAUAGAAUGUCAUAAUACCUAAUUCCGAGUUCCAUUUAUUUCUCAACAGGAUUGUUUUUCUUAAUAUAUUUUUCUUUUGGAAUAAUUUGAGCGAUCAAUAUAAGGUACAAUUCACUCAUUUACACAAACAAAAUCAAUAAUCACAAGAACUUUAGUUUUAUAAUUUAGAAAUCUUCAACAAAUUAGAUCAAUGUUUAGAAGUUGAGGAAUAUUGUUUGUGCGCCAUAUAGAGAUUAUAAUAAUCUUAAAAGCGUUACACAAUGUUUCAAAUCUGUAAGUUAAUAAUGUAAUAAGAAUAUUUUUCAAUGAUGUAUAUAAUAUGUAUAUAAAAUUAUUUCAAAUUGAAAAUCUGUGUGAAAAAUUCCAUCAAUUUCGAUUACAUUUUAACUUACACUUUUGGCAAUAUCAUUUAGAAGCUAACAAUAUUGAAAGUUCCAUUAUUCAAUUGUAAAUUGGUUAGUUUUAUUAAAAUAUUUAAUUAUUA